CAAAAGAACCGCUUAGCCGUGAUAAAUAUUCUACGUUACGGCAGCCACAUUCUGGUAGGUUGAAAAGUCAUUCUUCAGCUAAGCAGAAACCUUCUUUGCGCCAUUUAGUUGGAAACGACAUUUCUGCCGCAGCGACCAAGGAGCAACUAAUCCUCGAGGACUCGCCUGGAAAUUUCGACCUCUUCGAUAUGGGCCACUCUUCGAGACAAAGGUCGUCUGCAAAAUCACUAAAAGACGAUGACAGCUACCACUUCUUGUGGGACAAUCAGUUCGAUAAUAAGCACCAUAAUGCUUCGCCAAAUAAGACGGAACAGCACAGUGCGGAAGCGCAUACGGAACAAAAUAUGGGGAAAAAUAAUCAAAACUCCUCGAGUAAAAUGCAGAAACUCAACGACAUCGAAGAGCAGACUUCACAAGGGCCUCGUGAAGACCCAGAAAUGGAGGGCGUUCACAGUGGAAAAGCCAUCGUUGGAAUUGUCGAUGAGGUGAUGAAGCAGGUGGAGAAGUCGAAGGAGGUGAGCAAGCACCUGGGCCCCUUCCUGAAGCGCGACAAGGCGGCCGAGGCGGAGGUGCACCGGCCGCCAGCAGCGACUGCGUGCGCUGGGCACCAGUGUCCCAACCAGCUGCUCGCCAAGCUCACCGAGGCUGUCGCCGAGAUCGUCAAUAACGAGAGAAGGGGACGUGCGCGGCGAGCAAGGAACUGGAGGACGAGCGGGAUCGCCAGAUCCGGCUGCUGAAGCAGCUGCUGAAG